ACAUGUUUCCCAACGCGGUUUGCUACACUCUUCCUCUCUAUAAUUGUAUAUUUUCCCUAUUUCCUUCCCUGAAUUUUGCGUGGAAUCUUGCAACUUUGACCUAGUCUAAUGGCGUCUCACGUACGGAGGGUGAAUCUAGCUCACAUGUACGCGAACAUGGAGCCAGAGCCGGAUGACGCUGAACUCCCAACAAACACCCAAUUUCCGCAACUAAACACCCGGGAAUACAACCUGAGGAUGAAUAAUCCAGCGGAAAGUACAGCGUUCCAGGAGUUUCAUGAGUGCCUGGACAUCAAUGAAGCGGGUCACGUAGUUGUUGCCAUCAAUGAUUACCGCUCACGCUUCUGGGUGGGUCACUUUUGGGCCUACAAGGAUCUUCAGGACUUCCUGGAGAGGGAGAAAAUGCCUCCGAACAUGCAGAAACCCAUAACCAGGGCUCCAAUUAAUGUCAUCAAGCUCUUUGAUGAUCAUCUGGUUUUCCUCGGCAGGGCAACGGGAACGGUGGAGGUUUGGUCACUCAGUUCGUCCAUGCAGGAGUGUUUGGUGGACUAUAGGAAUGAACAUGUGGGAUCCGUCCAGGAGAUCGACUUCUUCUCCAAAACUCAGGCCGUGUCUGUGGAUAAUGAGGCGUGCAUUAAGAUCUGGGAUGUGAACUACAUGCAAGCCCGCACGUCCAACACAUUCCGCUACGCCCACGGCAAUGCCAUUACUGGUGUCUCUGUUCGUCCUGGAUCUGAAGAUACCUUUGCAACAGUGGCCAGAGAUAAGAGUGCACUUCUCUGGGAUCUGCGGAUCAUGGGAAAGCCUGCCAGUGGACUCUUGCAGAACCACAGCGAGGCAUUGAUGGCGAUUUCGUGGAUUCUGGAGGAAGAGGGCAGUUUUGUGGUGAAAUUGGGCGACGCAGCCGGCUCAGUGCUCACCGUGGACACGCGAAAGCCCAACGAAAUUGUCCAGGAGAUUUCUGCAUUCCAGCAAUCUGUGAAGCGAAUCAGGAGAACGAAGGGAAAGUACGCAGUUUGUGGUCACACGAAUGCUUUCAAAGUGUUCCAAAAUAACGAUCAACUGCUCUAUGAGGACUCCUCGAGUCUGGACUUCGUGCGUGACGUCGCCUUUCACGGGAAUAAAGUGGUGAGUCUGUCCUGGGACGGGAAAAUUGUCGAUAAAGAUGUUUAG